CGAGGCCUGGGGCUUUAGGAGGUGAGCGGGCCGCGGGCCGGCCUGACGCUGCUGCAUCGCGGGAGGCGCAUGGCGGGCAUGGCGCUGGCGCGGGCCUGGAAGCAGAUGUCCUGGUUCUACUACCAGUACCUGCUGGUCACGGCGCUCUACAUGCUGGAACCCUGGGAGCGGACCGUGUUCAAUUCAAUGCUGGUUUCUGUUGUGGGGAUGGCACUGUACACCGGCUAUGUCUUCAUGCCUCAGCACAUCAUGGCCAUACUGCAUUACUUUGAGAUUGUACAGUGACGAAGAUGUGACCAGGAUCCAGAGGUUCCUGGGGGAAGAUCCACCUUAUGUAUGAAGUUGGAAUAAGACCUCAUCAGACUAAGAUGCUCUACGGAUGUCAACAUAACCAACCUUAUAAAUAACAAAGACUAAAAUUCAUGAGUAGAACAGGAAAACCAUCCUGACUCAUGUGUUGUGUUCUUUCUUUUUGAUUUUAAAAGAGGCUCUUAUAUAGUAGUUUUUGUCUAUUUUAACAUUGUACUCAUUUGUACUUUGAUAUCAGUAUUUUCUUAACCUUUGUGACUGUUUCAAUAUUAUCCAGUGAAAGCUUUUCUUAAUGUAACUUUGAGUACAUCUUAAUUGCCUUCUAUUUUUAAAACCCAAGGUCAUUAGUUGGGCUUUACUGUUCUUGCUAUUGAAUGGCAUAUACAUCUGCCUGGAUAUAUUUCUACUCUUGACCAAAGUUUUGUAAGACACAAUACAGAAUUUGGGGAUGGGAGGGAGGAUACUUGGAGAACUAAUUACAAAAGAUUUAUCUGCAAGCUCCAACUCAGGAGUAUGGUUUUAGCUCUCUUGACUCUUUAACAGCUUUUUGCUCUAAAACUAUUAAAAUGUUUCUUAGUAAUGAAAAAGUAACGAUCUUGCUAAAAUUACUACAAAGAAAGCUUCACCUUUUAGAUAAUCUAAUUCUUACAUGGACUUAUUUCCGAGCAGCUUUGAGAUUCUCGUGAGGGUGGGUGGGUGGUCAGUAGUGGUAUUGUGUAAAGCUUAGAUACACUGUAGCGGCAUUGUGUAAUGCUUAGAUACACUGUAGCAGCAUUGUGUAAUGCUUAGAUACACUGUAGCGCUUUUCACAGACAGCAGAGCAGUUCCUUUUGAGGCAAUAGUGACAGUGUAUUUGCUGUAAUUUGCUCAUUGUGACAGGUGCUGUGAAAUGUACUUGCACAUUGUGAUCAGAUGUGAUGAAUUGUUCAGAACCACAGCCAAAAGAAAUGUAAACUUGGUUAAAAAUCCUUUCACUCUUUGUAUUUUUUUUAAAAGGUUUUUAUUCCUUAGAUGUAAAAUGACUACUGUUUUUUUGAUGUAAACUCAUUAAAUUCAAAGAGAAAAGCAA